AUGCCCGAGGUUUAUGUUCACAACGUGGCAGUGGAUCUUGAUCCCUCCAUUGAUGAGAGACGCUCUAUGGUGGGCGACGCAAAUGUGGAGUUAGACUUGGUAUGUGAGGAAUUGAGCACUGUUCCCGAAUUGCAACACGGUUUCGCAGCCAUGGGCUUCUCUCAAGGAGGCCUUUUCUUGAGAGCUUUGGUAGAAAGGUGCUCAAAUGUGUCAGUUCUGACGCUUGUCACAUUCGGCUCACCACAUAUGGGUGUCCUGGAGCUUCCCAUGUGUGCCGAUAAGAAUGACUGGCUUUGUAAGAAGAGGAACGAGAUUCUAAAGAAGCAGGUGUGGUAUGACACAAUUCAAAAGUCAAUCAUUCCAGCUCAAUACUUUAGGGCUACCUCAGACUACGACCGCUAUUUGAAAUACCUGAAUUUCCUCGCUGACAUCAAUAACGAGCGCAGCGAUUCUUUUAGUGUGGCAGCCAAAGAGAGGUUUUCUAAAUUGAGGAAGUUGGUUUUGAUCAAAUUCACUGAGGAUACCACACUUGUGCCCAAGGAGAGUGCGUUCUUUCAAGAAGUAGACCCCUUGGGAGGCUAUAUUGUGGAUAUGCGCCAGACAAGACUCUACAAGGAAGAUCUCAUAGGCUCGAGACAACUCCACAAAGAGGAUAAGAUUGACUUUCUUACCGUGGAAGAUAAUCACAUGAGGUUCCUGGACGCAUUUUUGGUUGAUAUUAUCAGCAAAUACUUCAUGAAUGGUUUAUAG